UAAGGUAAAAUAAUAUUUUCUUUAGCCAUGUCUAGCGUAGCAAUAAACAUAGUUGAAAACUCGAUUCCGAGAGAUCACAUGGCAAAUACAACGAUAGAUAGUAAGUUAUAUGAGUAUGUUAAGCAGGACAAUAUUGAGGAAUUUAAAAGCCAUUUCGGGCUAGAUUUAGGGGAGAAGCUUGUGACUCCCUGUGGGAAUUCAUUACUUCAUGUAGCCAUAAGGCAUAAAAGUGACAAUAUAACUGCUUAUCUGACUAAAGAGAUCCCUUCUCUAAUCACCAGCUCAAACGACCAGCAAGACACAAUCCUUCAUGUUGCUGCCAGAGAGGGAAGUGUUAGUCAUACAAUUCGAGACCUUGUCAAAUCGAAUGCUUUCUUGCUGAGGAUGAAAAAUAGAAAAGGAAACACUCCUUUGCAUAUUGCAGUGAUCCAUGGUAACAAAGAAGUUGCCAAAUUCCUCAUUUCCAGAGAUCCAGAAGUGGCCUAUGACAGCAACAAGACUGGCAGGUCUCCUUUAUAUCUGGCUGUUGAGAAUCGCGACAGAAGCGGGAUUCUUGAUGAUCUCUUGAAUACGGAAGCUCCGAUCCCUACAGAAAGAGAAGAUGGAGAUUCACUUGGCAUGCUACCACAAGGAAAGUCAAUUGUUCAUGCUGUCGUCAAGAACCGUAUGUUAGGUAUAUUGCAGAAAAUCGAAGAAGCAAAGCCAGAGUUAUUACGUCUCCAUGACAAAGAGUUUGGAAAUCCACUCCAUUAUGCAUCAUCUACAGGCUAUGUGCAAGGAGUUCGAUUCCUAUUAGAAAAGUAUCGUGCCGGUGCCGAUGAAACUGACCAAGAGGGCAACUAUCCUAUUCAUCUUGCAUGCAAGGAAGGCUCGGUUGCUUUGUUAAAGGAAUUCCUGAAAGUUAUCCCCUAUGCAAACGAAUUCAUAAAUAAAAAAAAGCAGAACAUUCUUCAUGUAGCGGCCCAAAAUGGACAUGGCUUUUUGAUUAUGUACAUACUCGAACAGGAUCAGAAGAUCGUAAAAGCACUGCUCAAUGCGAUGGAUGAGGAUGGAAAUACACCUUUGCAUUUGGCAACACAGCACGGCCAGCCCACAUCUGUAUUUCUUAUUGUGCGUGACAGCCGCGUUUAUCCUCGUAUUGUUAACGAUGACGGUUUGACACCAUAUGAACUUGGUAGAAAACAAUCCACAAUAGCGGUACAGCGAUAUGAAGGAACAGAUGGAACGUUUGCUGAGGAGCGACAGCACUUUGAUUCAAAUAACAGGGUGGAAGGGACCGAGGACAAACCAGCUGAUCAAAACAAGCAAGACACGAAAAAGGCAUCACUAAAAGAUUACGAACGGCGAGAUAUUUAUGGAGCGAUGAUGACAUUAUCGAUCCUAUACUCCUAUGCUUGUCCUAGGGAAUCAUUACGUGACCAUUUCACUGGUACUCGACCCAUGCAACCAAGGAAAAAGCAAACAAAAACAAGGAUAGGGAAUCUUCUUGUGGUAGCAGUGCUUGUUACUGGUAGCAGUGCUUGUUACUGGUGUGACCUUUGGGGGAGCCAUUCAAUUGCCACAAUUAAGGGUCCUGCUGGUUAUGAGAGGCUUCUGUAUGCUUAUUUAUCUUGCGAUGUUUGGGCUUUAUGUCUCUCUCUGGUGGCAGCUCUAAUCCUUCUUAGGGCAAACUUUACUGAUGCCAAAUUUGGAAUCUUUGCGGUUGGAUUUUCAGUCGUCAUCGUUAGUUUGGCUAUUCUCAAGAUGUUCCAGGCAUUCAUUUAUGCUGUGACUAUAGCAUUACUAGGAUCCGAUGAUGCGUGGUCAAAAAUCAUCAUUACACUGGAGGUCUUUAUGGGUUUGUGUACUCUGGUUUUCAUUGUUAUUCCUUGGAUUCUUCCGUCAGGGGGCAUCCCAGAGCUCUCGCAUUAUCUCUACUACAAAUAUUUUUGGUUUCUUUUCUACACUUACGAGUGGCUGCCUUAUAAAAUUGACAUCAGAAAGCACAGUGAUUCGAAGUCAAUGAUUCGAAGUCACUGUGCCGUGGCCGAGUUCCUUGUUUCGGCUGUAAAUGAACUUGCCUAUUUCAAGAAUAAGGCAGAAAAGAAGCCAGAGUUACUCUAUUUUCGUGACAAGGAGAUAGGAAAUGCACUUCAUUUUGCACCAUCACAAGGUAAUGCUGAAGAAGUUCGGUUCCCGUCAAAGGAACUUAGUGCAUCUGAAAGCAAUGAAGAAGGCAACUUACCCAUCCUUGUUGCAUGCAUAAAGGGCCAUGUUAAAGUAGUAGAGGAGUUGCUUAAGCAGUGGUCUGAUCCAAUGGAAUUUGUCAAGCACAAAAGGCAGAACAUUCUUCAUGUCGUUGCCGUAAAUGGACAAGAAAAAGCGGCUCUUCGCAAAGAGUUUGGAACACUGCUUAUGAAGGCUGCAGAAUCAGUCAACGACUAUUUUGGAAGAACUCUCAUUAUUGCUAAUAAAAUGAGAAUUCAUGGAGAAUGCAUGAAGGACGUGGUGAUUAUUGAGAAGAUAUUACGGUCUAUGACUCCGAAAUAUGACUAUGUUGUUUGUUCUAUAAAAGAAUCCAAUGAUUUGGAUAUUUUAUCCAUUGACGAGCUACAGAGUAGCUUGUUGGUUCAUGAACAGAGAAUUAGCCGUCAUGUUGUCAUCGAAGAAAGAGCAUUGCAAACGACUUACGGGGCACAACAAGGAGGAAGAGAUGGUGGUAGAAAUAACUAUCGUGGACGAGGAAGAGGCAAAUUUGGUUUUGAUAAAACAACCAUAGAAUGUUAUAACUAUGGUGACCGAGGACAUUUUCAGUGGGAAUGUCCAAGGAAAGCAUGGGAUCAAAAGGUAAACUAUGCAGAGACGAGAGAAGAGAUGUUGUUGAUGGCUUAUGUUAAUUUGCAGCAAGCUGAAACAAAACAUAUAUGGUUUCUUGAUUCUAGAUGCAGCAACUAUAUGUGUGGAUAG